AUGAAAUGGUGUUUAAACUACAAUAUUUAUAAUUAUUAUCAUCAACAUCAAUUGAUUAUUAUUAAAAUUUUAUUAUUUUAUUUUCAUAUCAUAUUCGCAUUAGAAAAACAACAAUCAGUCACCAUGUAUUAUGAUGAAACAAAAUCUUCUUAUUCCAUUUGUUCACAAGAAUUAUUCUAUAAUGGUACAGAUAUUCGAACAAAAAAUGAUUAUGUUUAUCCUUGUCCAAUAGAUGAACCAUGUCGAUGUCUAUGUGAAGUAGAUACAAAACGUUUAUGGAUUGAUUGUUUUUAUAAAAAAUUAAAAUCUUUACCUAUUCCAACAAAUUGGAAUCAUACUGUAACAAAUACUAUUGUUAAAAAUCGAACUGAUAAUGAAACAUCACAAUUUAUUUCAUCUCAUUCAAUACUAUGGUGGAAUAUUGAUUUAUCAUUUAAUCUAUUUUCAAUUGUUGAUACAAAAUUAUGGUCAAAUAUUUAUAUUAAACAUUUUGUUCUAUCUCGUUCACUAUCCUUCGAUAUUAUUCGUCAUUUAAACAUGACACAUCGAAAUUUAAUCGAUUUAUGGCCAAAUAAACAGAUUUUUAAACUACCAGAUGACGAAUAUCGAGAAGACGAUGAGAAGGAGGACGAUGAUGAGGAACAUGAUGGUAAUGGAGACGAUCAUCACUAUUAUCCGUCACGAUUGAAACGUUCAAUAGAAAUCUCAGAACAUAAUCAAAUUUUACAAUUAUUAAAUGAUUUAAAUGAACAAUUAAAUUUGAAUUCAAAACGAGUAGAACAAUUUGAAAUGAAAUUAUUAGAUUACAAUAUUAGUAGUUUAUAUUUAGAUCACAACAAUUUAACAGAAAUUCCAGUUUAUUCAUUGGAAAAUGCCACUCGUAUUCAAGAAUUAUAUUUAUCAUACAAUAGUAUUGAAGAAAUUCCAUCAUAUGCAUUCGGUUUUUCUCAUCGUUUAACACGUGUCGAUUUAAGUCAUAAUUUAAUAUCAAAUAUAUCCUUGGAAGCAUUUCAACGUCAUCCAAAUGCAUUUGGUGGACCAUUUCUAAUUGAUUAUUUAGAUUUAUCUUAUAAUAAUUUGACAGUAUUAGAUGAACCAUUAUUCUCCUAUUUAGUUAAUUUAAGAAUAUUUAAAUUACAAUAUAAUAACAUCAUAAUCAUUACACCUGAAGCAUGGACUGGACUCUAUCGUUUAAAAUAUUUAGAUUUAUCACAUAAUCAAUUGACAAAUUUAACAACAAUAUUUUAUAGUUCAUAUCUCAACGAAUUACGACAAUUAAAAUUAGCAUCAAAUAAUAUUACACAACUAGUUGGAUGUGAAUUUUUAACAUUAAAAGCAUUAACAAAACUAAAUUUAAAUGGUAACAAUUUAUCUAAUAUUGACUUAUGUACAUUUUAUGGUUUAAAUCAAAAUUUUAAUCUAAACCGUCGUUAUCCUCAAUCAUCAUCAUUAUAUUUACAAUUAAAAUCAAAUCAAUUUCAAACAUUUAAUCCGUGUGUAUUCA